CCAUGGUGAAAAAAACAACGUUUGUUGCUUGGAAGGCGAUCUCCUAAGAUGGCUGGAUCAAUCCAGAGCACGACAUGACUCUCUUGAUAAGGUGUAUUACACACAAAUUGGUUGCCAGGUUACAUACGCGGGUAUUAACUCCGGUUAAACCGGGCUCCAACCGUCAUUGAAUUCAAAUCAAAAUGGGAGCUGUAUGCAUAUGUUUGACAGCUGCUUUGCUGUUUCAACACGCGUACGCACUUUGCAGAAACCAGUAUCUAAACGCAACAACAACCUCGCAGUUAUUCUCUUACCAAUCUUACUCAAACAACGAAUACUGUGACAUCCAAAUCGCGCCGUCUAAUUUCCUGAAUAGCAGUCAGUUCUUCUUGGAGAUUAUUUGGACCACCUUCGACAUCAAGGGAAAAUUGCCUGAUUGCAAAGAAGAUUAUGUAGAGGUAAAUCUAACCAGAUCAGGCUACAGCAUUGGAAAGUUUUGUUCAAAUAACACCCUUGAAAAACUUUUUAACAUGUAUUCACAUGAUGGCUUUGCAAAUCUGACGUUCAAAAGCAACAAUGAGACGACCGGAGAUGGAUUCUCUUUCAAAUACAGACUUAGGAAUAAAACAGCUGAUCCUUUGGUUGGAAAUUCAUCAUCAUGCAGUUUGCAGGAAAACAUCAAUUCCGUGGCAACCACUCUCAAAGGGAACAAAAGAAGAGGUAACUAGAAGAAGCCCAAAAGGCUGACGUAAACGUUCUUGUCGCUGUCUGACUGACUUCAUGACAGACUCAUUUGAAGACAGGAGCUGAUGCGGAGAAUAUGCGGAACAACGCCGUAGUAGGAACGAAUGCGCGUUUGACAGUGGAUGUGUCCCCAUGAUGCGAUGGUGUCAGUCAACUGUGAUAAACUAUUCUCCGGUGACAGUCAUCGAGAUGAAGACCCUUCUGGUGUUUAGGGUCCUUUUUGAUUUGAGUACUUUAGGGUCCUAGGUCUGAGGGUCUUAGGGUCUGGUUUUUACGGUAUGCUCCUGUUUAGUCGUGAACUGAUUAGAUUACAAUAGAGACUACAAAGGGACUACAUACAAAUAACAGCGUGACAAUAGAAAAUACAAAGGUCAACACUAAACAAUGGUAUACACAAAUACUAUAUAACGACAUUACACUAGCAUGCAAUGAAUCUAGAUCAUUUUUGUAUUAGUAAGAUUUGGUUAGCGUAUUUACUUUAUUAACAAGAUAUCGCAGCUUUCUGGAAGAGUCUUUGGUAUAGAAAGGGUCUUUCUAUAUCAAAAUGCGCUCACUAUGAAAGAAUGGUUUUUUUAUGACAAAAGAAAAACUUUUUCUUACAUCGGGGGCACCAUUUCAUAAUAAAGAGCAGUUUCAAGUGCUAGAGCAAUUGGAGGAUAAGAACCCCCCGUUUUAGCUCUUUUUGUGGUUGUGCCCCUUUCCCAAAGAUUCUAUUCAACAGAUUGUCUGGAAGGAUAGACACUUAAUAUAGAAAUGAGAUUUGCAGACAAGUUUGACAGAAAACAAUCCCAAUAAACAUAGCAAAAUACCUCAUUUUUGUCUUGAAAUCUGGAACAUAUACCUUUUCAACUAAUCAUUUGAAGAUCGUACAAAAUUUGUUCAAAGCAAUAUAUGAGACGUAGUUUAUUGACCUCAUAGUGAACAAAAUAUGUUUUACAACGAUUUUCUAAAAUGCUCAUUUGUCGCCGAGAAACCUAGUAGUAUUUAAAACAUUCUAGACAUUUGCCUACGUGAUACAUAAUUACCACUGAUCUAAAAAAAACUGGAUCGCGCAUCUAUUGUUCUAAAAGUGCGGCCGCUGAGAAAUCGCAGCGGCCAUGCUCUUGUGACCACUUUUGCAGACUUGUGGUCUUGUUUACUACGAGGAAAUGCCGGUUCGGACAAGUAAAGUCGAAGUUUCUGCCGUCAAAUAGUGGCAAAGGUGGGUAAAUCUAAAUAUAUAUGAGCGUAAAGGACUAUCAAAUUAUUAAAUGUUCCAUUUUAUGGAGGGUAAGGCAUUUUGGUUCUCUAUUUCUUGUUGCUUUACGGAUAGCCUACACUUUUAGGCCUAUUAUUAGUAGGUGGAUUGAAACUCGAAAACAGAAAUCAAACUAAGGUAAAUCUAAAUAAACAUUUUUCUUUCGUUGUUGGCACUCAAAAACAGUAAUUAGACUGUUUCCUAUAAUCAAGUCUCCACGGAGAGUCCAACGAUGCAAAUAUAUUUAUUCGAAUCAGCAGGCAAGUGACUAUAUGACUAGCUACCUUUUACUUAUUUGAUCAAAUUAGAGCCGUAAAUUGCCAUGAAAAAGCCACGUAGCAGCGAUAAUUACAUAGAAUAUAAGUAGCUUUCAUAUGUAGAAGUUAAUUUUAGUUGUUUCUCUGAUAGGAUAUAACCCCCAAAAACAUCUUGGGAGCUUCUAAGCAACCCCAGUGUAGUACUGAGUUUCUUGUAGAUAGAAAAUAUGUUUAAUUUGUGUAGCUGCUUUUUCCAAACAAGUCUAGCCGUGAUUUCAAACCUCUAACUUUUUGUGCCCCUCUACAUUGUUUAAGCAAUACAUUUUACAUUGAAAUGAUGUGAUAUGAAACAUGCUUACAUUCAAGUGAAUCACCGCUUGUACUAUGUUUGUGACUUAUGUGACUUAGGACUAAUUGAAGAGUGAUAUCAUAUUCCUCUGAAAAAAUAAGCCUUAAAGAAUAUGCCUGGUUGUACUUUUGAAUCAAAAUUUUAAUAUUACCUCUGACAAAGCAUUUC